CUUGCAGGCACAACUGCCUGAUGAUGACGUCGCCGUGCACAUCUGCUGCUCUCGGCUCCUCGAGCUCCUGGCAACCCUCACAGACCCUUCUCGCAUCUCCCGCAUGGUCUGUUAAGUCAGCUGCUCUCCCGCCUAAUCCUAUUCUUGCUUUGUCCUGGCCACCUUCAUCCUCCUUUCCCAUCCCUACCCCCUUGCUGGAUGCUCAAGCCACGGCCCACUGUCCCCUACCUCCGAGCCAUGUGCUGCUGAUCUGACGAUCUGCCCACGUCGAUCAUCAGGCACAAGCACUUAUACUCGCCCAUCCCAUCCUCGCACAUCACACAACAUCACUCAGUCAGCCGUGUCAGCUUUCCCUCACCACCGCCAUCAUGAUCAACUCUUCCCCAGGCACGGCGUAUAACCCCGAGGCCGUGCAGUCCGCCUUGCGCAUCGCCAUCGAGCAAUUCCAACAACAGACCCUCGCCCUCUCCUCAUCAUCGACCAGCGCCAUCGCCUCUGAUCCGACCUCCCCCACCGGCAUCCCGACCGGGCCUGGCUAUUACCGCCACAGCCGACACAGCAGCCUCGCGGUCCCGCAGAGCACCCGCCGCCGCAAGGUCAUCGCCUUCGAUCUCUACGGCACCCUCCUCUCUACCGACUCCAUCGCACACGAGCUCGCCAAGCACUAUGGCGAGGAGGCCGCCCCCGGCAUUGCAACACUGUGGCGCCGGUUCCAGCUCGAGUACACCUGGCGCAUCACCAGCAUGGGCGAGUUCAAAAACUUCCAAGAGAUCACCCGCAGCGCCCUCGGCCACGCUCUCAUGGAGCACAGCGGCAUCAAGCUGACGGCCAAAGCUGCCUCCGAAUUGAUGCGUGCCUACGACUCGCUACACGUGUACCCGGAUGUCGAGGCCGGCUUGAAAUUGCUCAAGGACGCCAAGGAGGGCAAGACACUGGAGGAAGUCACAGAAGAGGGCGAGGGCGAGGGCGAAUACACCACCAGGAAAGAAGUUCCAUCCCCGCAGUCGUUGGACGUAAGAGACAGCACAGGCCGCAGCUCAUCGAGAUCAUCAGCCUCGUCAUCCUCUUCGUCAUCACUACCGGAGAUGGACGCAUACAUCUUCACAAACGGCACGCCCGAGAUGGCGAUGCGGUCCAUGGUCACCUCCCCCGAGCUGUCGCACCACACCAAGGCGUCCGAGCGCGGUCUGUUUAGUGAUCCGGGCAGUAUCGUGUCUGCCGACUCGGUUCAAUGCUACAAGCCAGAUCCGCGGGUGUACCAGCACCUUUUGGAUGUCGCCGGCGUGCGCACAGAGCAGGACAAACGCAAUGUCUGGGUCAUCAGCGCGAACCCGUUCGACGUGGUUGGUGCCAAGGCGGCGGGGCUUCGGGCGGCCUGGAUCGACCGUGCCGGGAAAGGCUGGGUUGAUCGUCUCGACGAGAUGAGGGUCCCUUCAGUCACGGCAACGGGGGUGGAUGAGGCUAUCAAGGCAAUCUUAUCAUGGAAUUGAGUUUCUUCGAGUAGCAGCGGGAGAAGCAUUGAUGGGGGGUUAGAGGUUUGGUGAUUCUAGAACCAGGAGAAGAAGCACUUUCAUAAGUUGCAGAAGGUCGAUAUUCGUGGCGCAGUCUCGCGCCUCUCGAGAUACCACUUUGGGAAUGGACAGGACACAAACAGGAUACGGGAACACAAAACAGGAGGCUCUUUGGUUUGGAAGCGACAAGCUCUGUAAUAUUAAUUCGCAAAGGAAAAGGCAUAAAAGCAUGGUAUCAGCCUCUAAAAUGACA